AAAAGUGAUGAGAGAAACGAACAAGCGACACAACUGCAUAACAGUGUGCAUUUUUAGGCCGUGUGCCACUGUUUCAAACCAUACCUCAUCGUCUUAUCGUCGGGGUAUAUUUCAAGCUCGGGCUGACUGAACACACCAAUCCGCUGAGAUAUAAAUAUUUAACUAGGUUAACUGUUUGCUAACUAGACGCUAAAGUAGCUAGCGCGGCUAACGUUAGCUAACUGCGGAAGAAGGGAGGCAAGCAGCCCAAGUACAAGCCGACAUAAUCAGAGAGACAUAUCCUGUUAACAACCAGCCGUGUCGUGUUUGCGGCACGGAACAAGUCGGCCCAAACCGGUGAGAUCGGUAACGUUAAAGCAGCUAUACCUCUAAAGCUGAAAAAGACGAGGAAAGGCGUCAUCUGUGCUGAUCUGACGCCAUGGCUCACUCCCCUAUUCAGAGCGGGCUGCCGGGGAUUCAGAAUUUCCGAGCUGAUCCUGAGGAGCUUUUCACCAAGCUGGAGAGGAUAGGGAAAGGCUCUUUCGGUGAAGUUUUUAAAGGCAUCGACAAUCGGACUCAGAAAGUUGUGGCCAUUAAGAUUAUUGAUCUGGAAGAAGCAGAGGACGACAUCGAAGACAUUCAACAGGAGAUCACCGUUCUCAGCCAGUGUGACAGUCCCUUUAUCACCAAGUAUUUUGGAUCCUAUCUUAAGGGUACAAAAUUAUGGAUUAUUAUGGAAUAUUUGGGUGGAGGAUCAGCCCUUGAUCUGCUGGAACCAGGCUCCCUCGAUGAAACACAGAUUGCAACCAUUCUGAGAGAAAUCCUGAAGGGGCUCGAGUAUCUGCACUCAGAAAAUAAAAUCCACAGAGAUAUCAAAGCUGCCAACGUGUUGAUGGCAGAACAAGGCGAUGUGAAGCUGGCAGACUUCGGAGUGGCGGGCCAGUUGACAGACACCCAGAUAAAAAGAAACACAUUUGUCGGUACUCCUUUCUGGAUGGCACCUGAAGUCAUAAAGCAAUCUGCCUAUGAUUCAAAGGCGGACAUCUGGUCAUUAGGAAUAACAGCAAUAGAACUGGCAAAAGGAGAGCCGCCUCACUCAGAGCUCCAUCCCAUGAAGGUUUUAUUCCUCAUCCCAAAGAACAAUCCACCCACACUGGAAGGAAACUACAGCAAACCACUUAAAGAAUUUGUCGAAGCCUGUUUAAAUAAGGAGCCUAGUUUUAGGCCAACUGCCAAAGAGCUGUUAAAACACAAGUUGAUUGUAAGGCAUGCCAAAAAGACAUCCUAUCUGACAGAGCUGAUUGACAGAUACAAGAGGUGGAAAUCAGAGAGGUCUCGGGAAGAAUCCAGCUCUGAUGAAUCUGAUGAGGAGCCUCAGGGUCAGGCAUCUGGAGGCAAUGACUCCAGUAACGAUGACUGGAUCUUUAACACCAUCAGGGAGAAGGACCUGAAAAAACUUCAGAAUGGGGCCAUGCAGCCUACCGAGCUUGAAAGCAAACAGGAGCCAGAGAGUCCAAAGAGGCCUUUGUCACAAAGCUUAUCAACAAUCUUCUCUCCAGUGUUUUCUGAGUUGAAAGACAAGGGUGAGACGAGUAAUGGCAAGCCAGAGGCUGCAGAGGAGCUGCGGGCGGCCAUUUUCCUGGCAGAAGAGACACAUCCAGGGAUCUGUGACUCCCUGGUGGCUGAACUAGUGCAGAGAUUUCAGAGGUUUUCUGUGCCUCAGGCGGCCACUCAGUAAGAGGAGCGACAUCCAGCUCUGCUCUAAUGUUCCACCCUGGUGGCAGCAGUCAGAUCUUUUCAUCUGACCUCCACAGCCAGGAUGAAGUCUCCCUGGAAGGUCCCCAUCACUCAUUUUGCCUGAAGCAAAUCCUGGCCUACUUAAUGUCUGUUAAUAUGCUUGCACACCACCAGAGGGUCCUAUUCAGGACAGUCAGCCGGCCUGUCACUGAGCUGCCUCUCUGACUGCUACCUGCUGUAAGAUGUCCCUUCUCAAUACCUCCUUCACAACUGUUUUUAUUUCGAGGGUGGAGUUAGCGGUCUUUCUGCAAGAAGUUUUUUGUUUUUUGUUAUUUGGCGAGUUUGUGGCAUAAUCACAAAGGUUUACACUCACCAUCCUUUUGGAGGAAGUACCUUGCUUAAUUAAUUGUGUGUGUGUGUGUGUGUGUCUCUGUGU